AUGUCUACUGUUUCUGCGAGAUUCAUGAAUUCGGCUUUUGCCAAGAUCCAUCGGACUGGUGGUCGUAGAUCAUUUGCUUCGAGCGAAAACCUAGUCAAGACUUCGUUGAAUGAGCUCCACAAAGAGCUCGGUGGAGACAUGGUUCCAUUUGCAGGGUAUGAACUUCCCGUUCUGUACAAGGGGGAGAAUGGUGGUGUUAUGAAAGAACAUUUAUGGUGUCGCGAUGAUGGUAAAGCAGCCCUUUUCGAUGUUAGCCACAUGGGUCAAAUUCGCUGGCAUGGCAAGGAUCGCGCUGAUUUUUUGGAGAAAAUCGUUGUUGGUGACAUCAAGGGACUACCAACUGGUAGUGGAUGUCUGAGCCUGGUCACCAACGAGAAAGGUGGAAUCAUUGACGAUACAGUAAUUACCAAUGCUGGAGACUACAUCUACAUGGUAGUAAAUGGAGCGACGAAGUUUGGCGACAUGAAGCACUUUGAAGAACAGAUGGCUGCAUUCGAUGGUGAUGUUACUAUGGAAUACUUGGAGGACUCGAUGCAGUUGUUGGCCAUCCAAGGUCCCGGUGCUGCCGAGGCUCUGAAGAAAAUCGUUCCUGGUGAUCUAGAUCUCUCAAAGAUGGCAUUUAUGACAGGAACAAAUACUACACUUGAUGGAAUCGAAGAUUGCCGUGUCACCAGAUGUGGUUACACUGGUGAGGACGGUUUCGAAAUUGCCAUGCCAGCAGAACAUGCUGUUUCGAUUGCCAGCAAACUUUUGGAGGACCCAUCUGUCAAUCCGACAGGACUCGGAGCUCGAGAUUCCCUUAGACUUGAAGCUGGACUGUGUCUUUAUGGCAACGAUCUAAAUGAAAACAUCAAUCCAGUUCAGGGUGCUUUGGCAUGGACUCUUGGAGGUCCAGGAAGUCGAAGACGAACCGAUCAAGGUUUCUUGGGAGCCGAACAUUUCUUGACUCCCGAAGGAAAGUUGAGAAAGCAAGAGAACAAGCGUGUCGGAAUCAAGGGAAUGAAGGCUCCCGCCCGAGAACACGCUGAAAUUUACGAUGUCACUGGAGAGAACAAGAUCGGCGAGGUUUCUUCAGGGACGUACUCUCCUUGCCUCAAGGCUCCAAUUGCCAUGGGAUACGUCUCAGCCUCCAACGCUAAGGUUGGAACAGAAGUUCAGCUCAAGAUUCGAAACAAGAUGCAGAAAGCGACAAUCACAAAGAUGCCAUUUGUUGAAGCACGCUACUACCGAGUUCCAUAA